AUGGUCCAAACAACUAGAUUUCCGCUGUCGUCGUUUCCACACCGAGCCGUGCUGAUGUACCGUGCGUCAGUAGGAAGGGAGGGUGCUGUGGCGCUCCAACUAAGGGAGGCAGUGCCCGCAGACCUUGAAGCUGUCAGGCUCCACGAUGACAGGCUAGCUAUUGCCUGUCACGAACCGGAGCUUCUAGCAGACUUGUUGCACGCUGCUGCUGAUAUUGAUGGUGAACACGAUGGGCUUACAGCUUUGUUAGGGUCCACGUCACCAGAUCUAGCUCUAGCCUCAGAUGCUUCCGACAGUCUACCGCUCCCAGACCACGAUAAUGAGUGUACUACCACGACAUCUUCAUCGAGUGGUUUGGUACCCAUCACAACAGUCUCAGUGGCAGUGACGGGGCUGGAUUCACGGCCACCCUUCUCGUCUAAGAAAGUUCGACCCAAACCUGCCUCGCCAAACCGACAGGGGCCGCAGCAGUGCCAAGUAUGCAACAAGAUCUUCGGUAACGCAUCAGCGCUAGCCAAACACAAGCUUACACAUAGCGAUGAACGCAAGUACGUAUGCAUCACAUGUGCCAAGGCGUUCAAGAGGCAAGACCAUCUGAAUGGUCACAUGUUGACACACCGUAACAAGAAACCGUACGAAUGCAAAGCAGAUGGUUGCGGGAAAUCGUACUGUGAUGCCCGGUCAUUGCGGCGGCAUACCGAAAACCACCACCAACCACCGCCACCGGACAAUGCCAGUACACCAAGCACGACGAGUAACAGUGGCACUGCCAACAGCACAAGCACUGCCAACAGCACCGGUACUGAUGGUAACUCUCAGCGAGUGUCGUCUCCCAUCUCACCAGCGCGCACACACCCACCGCAUUCUGACUCGAGCAAUUCGGGGUCGGAGAAGUCGAGCAUUUCAUCUUCGAACACCGACUCGAGCCCGCCGGGUACACCGCCCGCGCCUCCGACGCCUCCAGCGCGCCCCAAGGCCAAGGCGAGCACCUCACGGCCGAAGGCUUGCACAACACAAUCGAGCAGUCAGAAAAAUGGGCCCAGUGCGAGUGGAAGCGGGGUGUCAAACGGAGCGACAAGCGGAGUGACCGGCCCUCGUUCAAGUGACAUCAAACCAGUUGAGUGCAACCUUUGCCACCGCAAGUUCAAAAAUAUACCAGCUCUCAAUGGGCAUAUGAGACUUCAUGGUGGAUAUUUUAAAAAGGAUUCAGACAGCAAAAAACUAGAUAAGAAAGAAACUACGGGGCCACCCUUACAAACUGCUUCAGUCUCUGUUCGAGCACUCAUAGAAGAAAAGAUUAUCAGCCGCCGAAGUGCAACUGUUGCCGCCACGCCAUCGACAGCCACCAGUACAGACACAGUACCACCACGUACAGGCUUUGUAGCCCCGGCGCCACCACCGCUGUCUACUAUACGUAGUUCAGUAAUAUCACCAGCCUCCCCCGCUGCUAGUUCGACGCAGUUUAUUUCCCCACGAGCUCCACCUGUCGUCACGGUCGCCACAAACCAUUCUACAAAUAUCUGUGCAUCGCAAAGAGACUCUACACUUAUAGAACUAUUAAGAAAAGGCAACACUAAGGUUGUAAAACGGUCUGCAUCGGACCCAGGUAAUUCACCACACCAACCAGAUUUCACUUUCCGACCGGAGCUAUUUGGAGUAUCUUUUAAUUCGGAUGACGGCUACUUUUCACCGGCGUUGAAUGAGGACACUUUUCAAUUUACAACAACCCCUGAACAGCUAGAAGAAUUAGCCUCCUUGGAAGACUAUGCAACAGUAGCAGCAUCUAUAAGAGAACGAUCGCCCGUUACUUUUCCUUCAAAUAGGCGACUAGCUGCUGUCCUUAACUCGCCACUGCCAGAAUCAUUAGCAGACUUCGGAGCUUGCCAUGGAGGAUCACCAGUCCCAUCACCUGGUAUUGGCUAUUCAGAAAAUUCCCCAGGACUAUCCUAUUCUACGGGAGACUCACCAGGUUUAGCUUAUGCAGCUGCUUCACCAGGUGGAAGUUAUUCAAAUCAACCUGAACCGUCCCCUGGACUUGCAUACCCAACACCUCCAGCUUCACAUGAUGCUCACUCACCAGCUCAUACAGCACCCCGUGCAUCAUCACCACUUUCAGCUGCGUUUUUCACGGCAACAAUGUCUAGUCAAGAAGAGGUGGAAGAAGCUUUAGAAGAAGUUUUGCCGGAAGAAUGUAGAUCACUGGAUGCCUAUGCAUUAGAGCCAUCUCCAACACCAAGACGAAUUAUGCUGAAUUCUGAAGACCCACUUCUCUCAAGUAGCCCUCGUGAUUUUUCUCACCAGCGACCGUUUCGACGUCAAAAUCGAAUGUUGAUGUCCAAUCUUUCGAACUUACAACAAUGGCAACAAGAUACUUCAUCACUUCAAGUGUGCGUGGAAGGUAGAGAAACAGUACCAGCGGUGUUUUUAAGUCCAAGCAGCGUGCCUGCCUCCCCACAAAGACGCAAACGACGAGCAUCACCAGCUGGGCCUUACCGUUCACGGAUGCGUCGCACGAACCUUCAUUAUACACCUCACCCGAUUUUGUCACCGGAUCGAGAAGGUUCUGGAUUACUUAUAGAAUUUACAUCAGGAUUACCGGCGACUGAAACAGACAUUCUUGCACAACUGGAGGAGCCACGUUUACCACAGAUCAAUAUUGGUCGUGACUUCCAAGCUGAUUUGCCAGAACUUUGUAAUGAUCGUAUCGAUCUACAUCGCGUGCCAGAACAGCUUUUGUGGGAUCCCGGCAUUAAUGACGCCCUAGAUGAUAAUGAAGUGAGGAUGUUCAUGGAGCUGGCAAUGUGUGCCGCAAUGCCUGUAGGUGGGCACACACGAGAGUUUGCUUUACAAACCCUUGGAGAGUGUGGUGGAGACAUCAGAGCAGCUACACUUCGCCUCAUGUCCCGCCCUGCAGCACCUGCACAACAUGAAUCACGUUGGGCACCUGAUGAAGUUGAAGCCUUCUUAACUGGACUCGGCCAUUACGAUAAGGACUUCUACAGAAUUUCGCAACUGGUAAGAACAAAAGAUUCGAAGCAAUGUAUACAGUUCUACUACUUCUGGAAGAAACUUACCAAAGAUUACAAAUGUCUGUACUUACGAAGCUGGAAUAUGGAGCAACCAAUCUCGACACAAGGUUCUAUAGGCGAGUUUACCGCACCAAACACCACGGCGUGGACGUCUCCUCCAACGUCCUAUGAAACCGAAGAGUUCCCAUGCAAGAUUUGCGGGAAAGUAUUUAACAAAGUAAAAAGUCGUAGCGCACAUAUGAAGUCGCACCGGCCACUCGACGCCGAGCCAAAAAGGCCCAAACUCGAAAAGCCUUAUGAAAAGGUUGAAAGAUCUGAUGACAGAUCCCACGCGACAGCUGAAUAUCAAAGCAAACCGCCCGCACUGUAA